AUGUCAUCAGUAUUUGGAAGUAGUAAUCGUACUUAUAAUCCGACAACUGAUGUGCGUGUAGUCAAGGAGAGUGAAUAUUUUAUGGAAAUUCGUGGAGAAAUUCAAAUUGUAUGUAAUGCGAGUCGAGCGAUUCUAGUCUUUUUUGAAUCUGAAGAGAAAUUAAUAGCAUUUUAUAAUUCUUCUGAAUUGUCUAGUAUAAAACAAGAUGUACAAAUAAUAAUGGAAAAAGUUAAUGUAAAAGAGAGAGAGUUGUUUAUUAAACGAGCAGCAAUAGUUGGCAGCGUUACACUGUUAACUCGAACAUUUGGACGAGGAACUGAUUUUAUGUGUCGUAACCAACAGCUUUUAUUGAAUGGUGGUAUUCAUGUACUUCAGACAUUUUUUUCAGCUGAAUUAUCCGAAGAAUAUCAAAUUAUGGGACGAGGAGCCCGACAGGGUGAUAGGGGCUCAUAUAGAAUGAUUUUAUUGGAUAAAGAUUUAGAAUGGGUUCUUGGUUCUAUGUGGAAAGAAGAACUUCCAAAGAUUUCAAGUACUACUCUUUAUGAAGCUUUAAAUAAGGCUCGUAGCGCACGUUAUGAAAGUAAAUGCGGUGCAAAAGAUCUUAACAUAGAGCAAUGUAAGUGUGAUCAUAAAGCUUCUAAAGAUUUUAUGGCUGCAUUAUCUGCGAGAAAUAUGAACGUAGUAAAGAACUUUUUGAGCGAACAAAAUAAAGGAGCUAAUAUAAUUAACGUGUCUUCACGCACAGUAUUGCUUAUGGACGCUACCGGCUCUAUGUCAACCUUGUUAUCUGCUGCCAAAGAAACUGUUUGUACGAUGUUUGAACGCGCUUCAACUGUUUUAAAGGAAAAAGGAUUGCCUAAUGAUGCAUUUCAAAUGCAAUUUGUAGUUUAUAGAGACUAUGAUUGUAAAGAAGAUGGAAUUCUUCAGAGUUCAUCUUGGGAAACGAAACCGGGUAAUUUAAGAUCUUUUAUGGAAAAAAUCUCUGCUAAAGGUGGUGGGGAUUAUGAAGAAGCGAUUGAAAUAGGAUUGUGGCAUGCACUUCAGCAAAAUGAACAACCAGAUGGGAUUUCUCAGAUAAUUUUGAUCGGAGAUGCACCAGCAAAAGAUAAAUCAGCAAUAACCAGAGACAGACAAGAUAAUGGCGGUGAAGCAUACUGGAGUAAAACUAAAUUUAUAACUCCAACUCAUUAUAAACAGGAAGUUAAAAAAUUAAAAGCUAAAAAUAUUCCUGUUCAUUCAUUUUAUCUCGCUGCAGGAGCUAAAAGAAAUUUCGAAGAAAUUGCGAGUGAGACAUUAGGACGUUGUGAAUCACUGAAAAUUCAGUCUUCUCAGGGUGCCGAACUGCUGACUCACUUUGUAACAGAAGAAGUACUUAGAAAAACAGCUGGUGAUGAAGGAAAUGCCGCAGUAGAACUAUAUAGGAAGAAAUAUGUGAGGACAACUUUUACAUCUUAA